CUGAGCAGGAGCCGCUCUUAGGCGACCGCACACCCGGAAGCAGGAUUUUCUAUUGUGAUAAUGUCAAUAUGGCCCUAUCUCCAAAAGAUUGACAGGACAGCUGAUACAAGUUUUUUGGGCUGGGUUAUUGCUUCAUUUAGUCUUGGCCAAAUGGUAGCUUCACCUAUAUUUGGUUUGUGGUCUAAUUAUAGACCAAGAAAAGAACCUCUCAUUGUCUCCAUCUUCAUUUCGGUGGCAGCCAACUGCCUCUAUGCGUAUGUGCACGUCCCAGCUUCUCAUAAUAAAUACUACAUGUUGGUUGCUCGUGGAUUGGUGGGAUUUGGAGCAGGAAAUGUGGCAGUUAUUAGAUCAUAUAUUGCUGGUGCUACUUCCCUUCAGGAAAGAACAAGUUCCAUGGCAAAUACAAGUGCAUGUCAAGCAUUAGGUUUUAUUCUAGGUCCAGUUUUUCAGACCUGUUUUGCACUCAUUGGAGAAAAGGGCGUGACAUGGGAGACUAUCCAGCUUCAGAUAAACAUGUAUACAGCACCAGUUUUACUUGGCGCCUUCCUUGGAGUUUUAAAUAUUAUUCUGAUCCUUUUUAUAUUAAGAGAGCAUCGUGUGGAUGACUCAGGACGACAGUGUAAAAGUAUUAAUUUUGAAGAAGCAAGUACAGAUGAAAUUCAGAUUCCCCAGAGAAGUAUUGAUAAAGUGGCUGUAGUGACUACCAAUGUUCUGUUUUUCGUGGUCCUAUUUAUUUUUGCCCUUUUUGAAACCAUCCUUACUCCAUUAACAAUGGAUAUGUAUGCCUGGACUCGAGAACAAGCUGUAUUAUAUGAUGGAAUAAUACUUGCUGCUCUUGGAAUUGAGGCUGUUAUUAUUUUCAUGGGAAUUAAAUCACUUGCCAAAAAGAUUGGUGAGCGUGCUAUUCUACUGGGAGGACUUGUCAUCAUAUGGAUUGGCUUCUUUAUCUUGUUACCUUGGGGAAAUCAAUUUCCCAAGAUACAGUGGGAAGAUUUACAUAAUCAUUCAAUUCCUAAUACCACAUUUGGGGAAAUUAUUAUUACUCUUUGGCGGUCUCCAAGAGAAGAUCAGAGUGAAGGACCAACUGGUUGCCCAAUUGAACAAGCCUGGUGCCUCUACACCCCCGUGAUCCAUCUAGCCCAGUUCCUCACAUCAGUUGUGCUAAUUGGAAUAGGCUAUCCAUCCUGCAAUGUUAUGUCAUAUACAUUAUAUUCAAAAAUUUUGGGACCAAAACCUCAGGGUGUGUACAUGGGCUGGUUAACAGCUUCUGGAAGUGCGGCACGGAUUCUUGGACCCGUGUUCAUCAGCCAAGUGUACACUUCCUGGGGCCCACGAUGGGCAUUCAGCCUUGUGUGUGGAAUAGUUGUGCUCACCAUCACACUCCUGGGAGUGGUUUACAGAAGACUCGUUGCUUUUUCUGUAAGGCAUGGAAGGAUUCAAGAGGAACCUAGCUAACUAACACUGGGAUGCACAGUACUUGCUGUGUGGACUUCCUUUACUAAGGCUCUGUCAGACAGUUGCUAUGAGUCAGUUUCCAAAAGUCAGGCUUCGGGUAUUAUAUAUUUUGAAAAGCAAGAGAAUAUAUUGAAUAACACGGAAUUCUAUGAGUAACUGAAUAGUAAGAUAAUAUAAAAAAACAUUCUGGGUCAAUUUCUUUAUCUCAAAAAAGAAAUAUUCUUCACUCAGCACCUUUGGGGGUUACAUGAAUUCAUGAGUGAAUGAGCAAUGGUCUAUAAAUGGGAAACUAUUUUUUUUCUCCAAACUGCAGAGGUAUCACUUAAAACAAUGAGAGGAUAUCUAUGCAGUGGAACCACAGUAAAGUUCUAGAAGAAUUACGUAUAACAGAAUGAAAUUAUAGCAACGGCUUACCUAAAUAGUAGGUAUCUUGACCAAAUCAAAGAUACCUACUUUUUAUUUAUUUAAAAUGUUACUAUCAAGUUCCCUUAUGAAAUAAAUAUCAUGACUCUUAAAUUUUCCACUUACUAUGUCUCCCAUCCUACCUUCUUUAUUUUUAAUACACCUUCUGUCUUAUCUCACUAAAUAACUAAAUUAAUACAUGAAUAUGGAUAAUGCUAAUAUUUAAGUAAUAAAGAGGAUUAAGAGACCAGGAUGAAUUUUACUACCUUUAGUAGAGUUAACUACUUUUUCUUCCAAGUGCUAAUAAGUAAUUUGCUUUGGAGACAUAAGCCAGGUAUGUGUUAUUGUGUAUGUGUUAUUAUAUACAUAUACUGAAACAAACUGUUAAUUAUAAUUAUUGGCAUUUUCAACUCCCUUAAAUUCUGGAGGAAAACUAUUACUUUAUUUACUUUUCCCACCACUUAUUAGUGACAAGGUAGACACAACAGUUUUCAGUCUAUAUCUGCACAGCUAUUCAGAUCUGCAUUAUUUUACAUUUGGAUGAGCCAUGACAGCCCCAAUCUAGUCAGGAUAAUAUUUGAAACAAAUGUCUUUAACCUAACACAGUUUACUGAGUUUACUUGAGUAUAUGGUCUCUAUGUAUACAUUUCUACCUCUACCUAAGUUGAAUGCUGAUACAAGGAACUAGUAUAGAAAUAUGUUUGUGGAUAAUCAGAAUUACAAAAAAAAGUAAAGAUAUUUCAAAAUACUUUUCCAAAUGUUUCCUACUCUAUAAAUAUUUUCAAAAUUGAAAGUAAAGACUAUAAUCUGCACUUUAUACUAAGUGUGUGGUACUGUUUUUUGUUUUGUUUUUUGGCUUGAACAACAGAAAUUUAUUUC